AUGUAUCGCAGCCUCACCAGCGGGGCGGGGCGGGGCGGGGCGGGGCGGGGCGGGGCGGGGCGCCUGCAGGAAUCCCUGGCGUAUGGUAACUAUUCUGACGCCUCAGCACUUCACCCACACCGACAGCUCCUCCCUCAGUCUCCCUGCCGCAGCACGGAAGCCCUACCACACGGAACCGGGCUUUCGGAUGCUACCGACUGGAUUGCGCAGGACUUGCUACAGUCGAUGCUGAACUUGAGCCCAGCAACCGACUUCCUUAGCAUUGCAUCCUCGAGCGCAAAACGGUACCUUGCCAUCUACGACGACGUUUACAAAUCUCCACUCGAGCGACAUCGCAAGCCAGACACACCUUCACCAAAUCUCAACGACUUGGUUGGCGAAUACAUCAUGGAAAAUCUCGACAAAGCGACCGUGGAGGUGUCUUUCGAUCCAGUGAAUAAGGGUGGCCUGUUGAUGAUGAUAUGCCGACAAGACGAUCAGGUUUGGAAGCUGUGGCACUAUCACGACGAUGUCUUCUGCUUUCUUCCGGACAGCUACGAUGCGUGUUUGAAGCAAGGCUACGCCGCCGCAUCUGCGGAAUACUUCUUGGUACCAUUUACGCGCGAUCAGAACGGCGCGAUUAACGGACUACGUGAUGAUGUGAUGAUGAUUCGUGACGCUUCCAACCGCAGGAGGAAGCUGUUCAGAAUUCCCAGCCUUUACUACCUAGAUGGUAGUUCUCGACGAUUUGCAUUCCGCACGCACUUCCCCUUUUCCAUCGCACACGCUUUAGUGCAGCAAACUGGAGAAACGAUGAUUCCAGAUUUUGGCUGGCACAAGGAAAGCAAAGAGAGGGUAGGGUACAUUGCAAAUCGAACUCAACACAAAAUGUCUGAUCACAUCAAAUGGCACUGGCGGAUCUCUGAACUGCAAUUCGACACGCUGGUAAGACAAGGGGGGACGAAUAUGUAG